AUGGUUUAUGCUCCAAUUACUUGUAAUGCAUAUCCAUUGAGAAGACGGCACGCUAAUACUCUACCAAGGUUCCAACCAGAGAAUGUCGAGCAUAACAAAAAGUUGUACGAGCAGGUUAAUGCCAUAGCAACAAGGAAGGGAUGCAUCACAUCGCAGUUAGCAUUGGCCUGGUUACAGCACCAAGGGAAUGAUGUGUCCCCCAUACCCAGUACUACCAAGACUAACUUGAGACUUUUAAAGUUGAAGAAAUUUGAAGAAGUAAAAAUGGCAACAAAAGUGCCGAGGAUCAAAUUGGGUAAACAAGGUCUUGAGGUGUCAGCUCAGGGACUAGGUUGCAUGGGCAUGUCCGCUUUCUACGGCCCUCCCAAGCCCGAUGCCGACAUGAUCAAACUCAUCCACCAUGCCGUCGACAGUGGUAUCACCUUCCUUGACACCUCCGACAUAUAUGGGCCUCACACUAACGAAAUCCUUGUCGGAAAGGCUUUGAAGGGAGGGGUGAGAGAGAAAGUGGAAUUAGCGACGAAAUUUGGGAUCAGGUUCACAGACGGGAACAGAGAUAUUUGUGGUGAUCCGGCAUAUGUGCGGGCUGCUUGUGAGGCCAGCUUGAAGCGGCUUGACAUCGAUUGCAUUGACUUGUAUUACCAGCAUCGCAUUGACACUCGAUUGCCCAUUGAAGUUACGAUGGGAGAACUCAAGAAACUUGUUGAAGAGGGGAAAAUAAAAUACAUAGGUCUAUCUGAGGCCUCAGCCUCUACCAUUAGAAGAGCACAUGCUCAUCAUCCAAUAACAGCUGUUCAGCUGGAGUGGUCUCUGUGGUCAAGAGACGUGGAGGAAGAAAUUAUUCCUACUUGCAGGUUAGGCAUUUAUUCUGCUAACUUAUUUGAGGAGGAGGUUAAAAGAAAUCCCAGGAUCUAA